CCACUUGUCUCCGAAGAACACAAUGCAUCUCUUUACUCUGGUCCUUGGGAUCUGGCUUCUUCCAAAAGUCGACACCCUGACAUGUUAUGAGUGUGUACCGGGACCCUCUGGAAGUUGCACUGAGACAACCAAACAAUGUCCCACAGCAGAUCAUCAGUGUGGAGCAAUCAGAGUUUUAACAUAUGCAGGAGAUUCACAAAUUUCUGAUAUUCAAGCAAAGGCUUGUACUUUGGCUCAAGAAUGUUUUGAGGGUUCAGUCAACUUUGGAGUUGCCAAAACCAUGAUAACCAGCAAGUGCUGCAACUCUGACCGUUGCAACAGCCAACCUGCUCCUGAUGCCAGCCAAUCCUCUCCAAAUGGCAAAAAGUGCUUCACCUGUGAAGGAGAAACAUGCACUAAAACUGUAAACUGCGAAGGGACUGAGGACCACUGCAUCAAAACAACAGUGGCUGUAGGAGGAAAUAAGAUGACAAUGAAGGGCUGUGCCUCCAAGACGAUUUGCACAGCUGCUUCAAAUCCGCAGCUUUCAGGAGUUGUUGGAGCAGAAAUGAGCUGCUGUCAGGGCGACUUCUGCAACAGUGCCAGCAGUGCAAGCGCCGGCCUGCUGCUGUUGGUGGGGCCACUUAUUUCUUUGGUCUUGUUCUCUUAGCUGAUGAAGACAGCAGCAUCAUUGUCCAGUUUUUCUUAUCAUAUUGGUUUAAUUAAAGAGUUAACACCCCU